GAAUGAAUAGCAAUAUAGAAACUACUACCAAGGAAGCAACUGAAGAAUCCACCACAUUACAGGCCAACAUAUCAUAUCAGCCGGAGGAAGAGAAAAAAAAAUUAAUACAGGCCAUGCCAAGUGAACAGAGCAAUCUUAAAUAUAAAAGAUUAAUUAAGCUGGAGCUAAAUGAAAAACAACUUGACAUCGAUUUGGAAACUCUAGUCAACUCGGUACUAUCUCGGAAUAAAUCAUCGGAUUAUGAUAAUUUUAGAAUUGUUGGAAGCUUAUAUGAAAUAAUAUCAAACAAUCUAAUUAUUAAUAUUGAUAAUACCAGCGAAGACCCUCAGAAUAUAGAAAUUGUUUCAUCGAUUGCAUCCCUUGUUCUAGAGCAUUUUUUAGAUACAUUUGGAUUAAAAGGAAAGGAAAUAGCCGAUUUGUGCAAUUGCUUAUUGCUGGAAGAGAACCCCAGACCGCCAAAAGUAUGCAAGACUGCAUUAUUAUGUGCUAUGAAUAUUAUUAAAAAAAGAAAUUUUAUACCACCAGCUGAAAAAUAUGUAAAUUGCUGGUAUGCAAAAACAAAAAAAACAAUCUCCUUGCCCUUGUCUGAUUAUUUACUAUACACGCUCCAAACACUAAUCCAAAGAACGUUUUCAUCUGCUUUCCUGCCUAUAAAACUUAAAUAUAACUUGGAACUGUUUGUAUCUGCAUUUGAGAAAAUGAAUGCAGGUGCUGGUGAAACCGCACAGACACAGAAAGAACAAGUAGAAAUAGAUCUAUUUGAAAGAUAUAACGAAUACAUGUAUAAUGUUGAUUACGCACUGAUACUUUUGCAUCUUUAUAAGCAUAAGUAUAGAGUGUGUAGAACAACCCACACAAUCUCACCAAAUGAUGAAAUACCACAAAUACAUAAAAAUCUAUUGAUUGCCCUCUAUAAGAAUUGGAAUUUAGUCGCUGAACUACUUGAGGAUUUAGAUAGUUCCAUAGACCCGAAUGGCCACCACAUUAACUACAACUAUCUUAUUCAAAUACAACAAGAAAAUAAGAAGCGAAAAUUUGCGAACCCAAUUGCAUGCAAUAAUGGUCUAUGCACUAAUAAUAAUGCUAUUCAAUAUAUCUUUAAUAAUAUAAAAGGAAAGAAUCCCAAAAUAGAACAGUAUGUUAAUGAUAAAGUAAAAACGUUUACUAAUUUAUUUGACCACAAUGUUAGUACUACUGACCCUAGCUAUAUAGAAAAUAAGAUGCUCCAAAUGGAAUUACAUAAACAACGAAGAAAAUUUCUAGGAUUAGGCAGCUAUAGUUUUUCAAAUGAGUCAUACGGUAGUAGAAAUGAUAUAGAGGGUUCUAUGCUAAUCCUGUUUAUCGUCACAAUCUUGUCUAUUAUUUGCAUUGUCUGUGUAUUGAUCUUUAUUACUAAGAUCUCUAGUUUUUUUGUGUCUCUUAUGAAUAACUAAUAAAUGAAUUAGU